AUGGCGCGAGUAGCAGCAGCAGCCAUGGCUAGCGCUGCCUGUGCUGGCCGCCGUGGUGGCAACGACUUCCGAGAGCUCCCCGGUGGGCUGCUGAACGCACUGCCGGUGGAGGAGGUGACGCUGUGCCAAACGGAGGAUGACUGUGCACGGCUCUGCGGCACCAGGCUGCCGGCACCCAAGGCGGCGCUGCUGGACUGGGCGGUGAACCUCAUGGCGGACGUGGCGCGGGAGGAGGAGGACAACAGGAUGGGCACGCGCAACGUGCUCACGGCGCCCGGCCACGCUGUGCAGCCCAUGAACUUCGUCAACAUGCUCAUUGAGAGGGCCCUGAAGCACAACCACUAG